AUGGAUGGAUUUAGUUAUAGCUUUGGUAGAGCACCAUCGCCCGGUGGAGAUGGGGCCAAUGUGGCUUAUUUAGCUCGUACUCCCAGUGGAGGUAAUUCCUUCACCACAAGUGCUUCAACUUGCACGUAUACGUCUUCUGUCUUCUCCACGGAAGAGGACAGUUACGACUCUAGAAUCAAAGAAAUUGAACAGUACUACAUCAAGACGCUGCUAAACGAGGACGAAAAUAAGGACGAUUACAGGAACCACGAUUCUUUUCUGAGCGAUCAUUCAAAGGUGCCCGUGAGCUACUAUCAACACUUGAACGAUUUCAAACCAAGAGAAACCGCACAACAACAGCAGCAGUGGCAAUGGCAACAGCAGCUGCAACAACAGCAACAAUGGCAACAACUACAGCAGCAACAGCAACAGCAGCAGGCACAGUUACAGGCAGAGCUACAGAAGCAAAACCAACUUCAAACUACAUAUUCUAAUGCCACUGGUGGUACAGAAUCUGCAAUUUCAAAGCCAAAAAAUAAAAAGAAUAUUCUAGAGGUUGAAAUCAACCACAAUUUGAGACCAGUCGAAGAUCCUCUUCCACUUACGACAGAGAACUUACAGAGGUUGACAAUAAGCGGUUGCAACCAACAAAGAUCUGUCUCCCGGGCAGAUUCACAAAGCCUCUCUCAAGGAUAUCCUGGUAUUCAUAAGACAACUCAACCAGCUCAACAACCUCAAUUAAACAAAGAACUGUACAAGACAGAAUUAUGUGAAUCGUUCACGACCAAGGGAAGUUGUAGAUAUGGUAAUAAGUGCCAAUUUGCACAUGGGCUUCAUGAACUUAAAUUCAAACCGAAAUCGAACAAUUAUAGAACAAAGCCUUGUGUUAAUUGGACAAAAAAUGGGUAUUGUCCAUAUGGUAAGCGUUGCUGCUUCAAGCAUGGCAACGAUGAGGAUAUUCAAUUGCAAGCUGGGCAUUCUGAUAAAUUUGCCAGUAGGAAAAAUCUACAUGCUAACGUUAAAGCAUUGCAAAAAAUCACGUGGUAA